AUGAUGUACAAGAAGUUCGCCGCUCUCGCCGCCCUCGUGGCUGGCGCCGCCGCCCAGCAGGCUUGCUCCCUCACCACUGAGACCCACCCCAGACUCACUUGGAAGCGCUGCACCUCUGGCGGCAACUGCUCGACCGUGAACGGCGCCGUCACCAUCGAUGCCAACUGGCGCUGGACUCACACUGUUUCCGGCUCGACCAACUGCUACACCGGCAACGAGUGGGAUACCUCCAUCUGCUCUGAUGGCAAGAGCUGCGCCCAGACCUGCUGCGUCGACGGCGCUGACUACUCUUCGACCUAUGGUAUCACCACCAGCGGUGACUCCCUGAACCUCAAGUUCGUCACCAAGCACCAGCACGGCACCAAUGUCGGCUCUCGUGUCUACCUGAUGGAGAACGACACCAAGUACCAGAUGUUCGAGCUCCUCGGCAACGAGUUCACCUUCGAUGUCGAUGUCUCUAACCUGGGCUGCGGUCUCAACGGCGCCCUCUACUUCGUCUCCAUGGACGCUGAUGGUGGUAUGAGCAAGUACUCUGGCAACAAGGCUGGCGCCAAGUACGGUACCGGCUACUGCGAUGCUCAGUGCCCGCGCGACCUUAAGUUCAUCAACGGCGAGGCCAACAUUGAGAACUGGACCCCUUCGACCAAUGAUGCCAACGCCGGUUUCGGCCGCUAUGGCAGCUGCUGCUCUGAGAUGGAUAUCUGGGAGGCCAACAACAUGGCUACUGCCUUCACUCCUCACCCUUGCACCAUUAUCGGCCAGAGCCGCUGCGAGGGCAACAGCUGCGGUGGCACCUACAGCUCUGAGCGCUAUGCUGGUGUUUGCGAUCCUGAUGGCUGCGACUUCAACGCCUACCGCCAGGGCGACAAGACCUUCUACGGCAAGGGCAUGACCGUCGACACCACCAAGAAGAUGACCGUCGUCACCCAGUUCCACAAGAACUCGGCUGGCGUCCUCAGCGAGAUCAAGCGCUUCUACGUUCAGGACGGCAAGAUCAUUGCCAACGCCGAGUCCAAGAUCCCCGGCAACCCCGGCAACUCCAUCACCCAGGAGUGGUGCGAUGCCCAGAAGGUCGCCUUCGGUGACAUCGAUGACUUCAACCGCAAGGGCGGUAUGGCUCAGAUGAGCAAGGCCCUCGAGGGCCCUAUGGUCCUGGUCAUGUCCGUCUGGGAUGACCACUACGCCAACAUGCUCUGGCUCGACUCGACCUACCCCAUUGACAAGGCCGGCACCCCCGGCGCCGAGCGCGGUGCUUGCCCGACCACCUCCGGUGUCCCUGCCGAGAUUGAGGCCCAGGUCCCCAACAGCAACGUUAUCUUCUCCAACAUCCGCUUCGGCCCCAUCGGCUCGACCGUCCCUGGCCUCGACGGCAGCACCCCCAGCAACCCGACCGCCACCGUUGCUCCUCCCACUUCUACCACCACCAGCGUGAGAAGCAGCACUACUCAGAUUUCCACCCCGACUAGCCAGCCCGGCGGCUGCACCACCCAGAAGUGGGGCCAGUGCGGUGGUAUCGGCUACACCGGCUGCACUAACUGCGUUGCUGGCACUACCUGCACUGAGCUCAACCCCUGGUACAGCCAGUGCCUGUAA